CUGGAUGUGGGAUUACCGAGGAUUACACUCUCUCCCUGCCUGAUUGGAUUAAAGAGCAAUGAGCCUCUGUCAGGACAAAACACGCAAGGACACGAAUCAAAUGUUGCACUUUUAAGUGUUUAAAGUAAUGCAGUUGAAUAACAAUUUUGAGUUGCCACCUGAAGAAUGCGCCGAUCAGCAGCUCCCAGUCAGCUUUUGGGCAAUGCAACGAAAAAACCUCGCUUUGCACCACCAGGAGCUACUGGUUUGUUUCUUAGACCAGAAUCCAAACCUUCGGCCUCAAAACUCAGUCUAGACAACGCACCCGAUAAGAUCCAGAAAAGUCUUUUGACACCAGUAGAGAACAAAACAUCACUUGAUGUCAGGCCCAAACCCAGCCACACUUCUCCAGCUUUGUCCAAGGCGCUGGCUCGAGUUCUCGGUGCAACAGAGAUUAAAGAAAAUGAAGCAGAAACAAAUGAUCCAAGCUCUCGAUCAGAAGGUUGUACAGAAAACAAAACUCUAUCAGGAAGAAACCAAAGUCCCACAUUGACUCGUGGAGAUCUUCAGACGCCUCAGCAUCGUGCUUCUGGAGCUGCAGGUUCAGACUCCGCCUGCAGUAAGGAUGGAGUUCGUUACUUCAGUGUGGUUUGGUGUAAGGCCAGUAAGAAGAAACACAAGCGCUGGGAGGGCGAUGCAGUACUGAUCACAAGAGGACGCUCCGUCUCGCUCAAAGAUAUGGAAGGGAAGGACAUUGGAAAGGGAAGUGGCUACAAGGUGUCGCAGCUGGCCUCGCUGUCUGAGGGAGAAAUGCUGAUGAUCGGAGGAAAAGAGGUGGAGGUGAUGGGAGUUAUUUCUGCUGACGACUUUGCCAAGGGCCGUUGUUUCCAGGACAUCCAAACAGAUCAAGCAGAGUCUGCUACGAAGCCCGCUCCACCUCUUGGCUCGGCCUCCAAACCGUUCUUCCCCCCUACAACGUUGGGACGAGCAGGGCGUCCAGAGCCCAAGCCAGAGGAGGAACAAACCUGCCGUCCUCGUCACAACCCGCUCGCUCCAGGUGCUCUAGUGAUGCCCCGCCCCUCCUCCAACCACCAGUGGCUUCACAAUAAAGCAGCACUUCCUGUAGUUGAUGUAGUUGUCGACACACACCUGACCACACACCUGCGACCCCACCAGAGAGAGGGCCUCCUCUUCCUCUACGAGUGUGUUAUGGGCAUGAGAGCUGCGGGUCGCUACGGUGCCAUCCUGGCUGACGAGAUGGGACUGGGGAAGACCCUUCAGAGCGUGUCCCUGGCCUGGACGCUGCUCAAACAGGGACCUUAUGGUGGGAAACCAGUUGUGAGGCGUGUUCUUGUGGUCACACCUGGCAGCCUUGUGCAGAACUGGAAAGCAGAGUUCACCAAGUGGCUGGGUCGUGAGCGAAUCAGCGUUUUUACCGUGGAUCAGGAGCACAGAGUGGAGCAGUUUGUGUCGUCUCCUCUUCACAACGUUCUUGUCAUCAGCUAUGAAAUGCUGCUGCGCUGCCUGGAGCAGGUGCAGAAAGUGGAGUUUGGUCUCGUCAUUUGUGACGAGGGUCACCGGCUGAAGAACAGCAGCAUUAAAACGUCAUCUGCUCUCAGCAGCCUCACCUGUCAGCGUCGAGUCAUUCUCACAGGGACGCCCGUCCAAAACGACCUGCAGGAGUUCUACGCUAUUAUCGAGUUUGUUAACCCGGGGAUUCUUGGGUCAGCCACUGCGUACAGAAAAGUGUAUGAGGAGCCCAUUCUCUGCUCCAGACAGCCAUCCUGCACAGAGGAGGAGAGAGUUCUGGGAGAGGAACGAGCGACUGAACUCUCCCGCCUCACCGGCAUGUUCAUUCUGAGGAGGACGCAAGAGAUCAUCAACCGCUACCUGCCGCCUCGUCUGGACUGGACCUUGUUCUGUGAGCUGUCUCCUCUGCAGCAGCACCUGUACAAGCACCUGCUCUGCCACCGAGUCUUCAGAACCUGCCUUCAGGGCUCGGGUCAGACCAACACACACCUGGCCUGCAUCACUGCACUGAAGAAGCUCUGUAACCAUCCUGGUUUGCUCCACAUCACCAUGAAGGAGAGAACGGACCGUGGAAAUGUGGAGAGUUCUUUAUAUGAGGGCCUUGCAGAUCUCUUCCCAGAAUCCUACUCUUCUGCAGGAUUCAGUACCGCUGAUUCUGGAAAACUGAUGGUUCUUUCAGACCUGCUGAGUGCAAUCAGACAGCUCAGCCCUUCAGACAGGGUGGUUCUGGUGUCGAACUACACUCAGACUCUGGACUUGCUCCAGGACCUGUGCGUACACAUGGGCUACACAUUCUGUCGGCUGGAUGGCCACACCCCCACCAGCCAGCGACAGCGACUGGUCGACAGUUUUAACAGUCCCUACUCGCAGAACUUCCUGUUUCUGCUGAGCUCUAAAGCAGGCGGGGUGGGGCUUAAUCUGAUCGGCGCUUCCCAUCUGGUCUUGUACGACAUCGACUGGAACCCUGCCAACGACAUCCAGGCCAUGGCUCGAGUGUGGAGAGAUGGACAGAAAAAGACGGUGCACAUUUACCGUCUCCUCACUGCAGGCACGAUCGAGGAGCGCAUAUUCCAGAGGCAGGUGUCCAAACAGGGGCUAUCGGGGACUGUGGUUGAUUUGGGAAAAGGGGCGGAGCACACAAGCUUCUCCACCAACGAACUCCAGGAUCUUUUCAGCCUGUCCGACACGCCGUGUUUGACUCACGACCUGUUGACCUGUGGCUGCAGCACGGAUGGUUCAGUCAGCGAUGUGGUGGUGGAAGAGGCGGAGCCUGUCUCUGAUAGACCGUGCCAGCUCGGUCGUCAAGGUGACCGUAGGGGGGCGGCACAGAAGCCUCUGAGUAUGUCUGAGCUCAUGCAGUGGAGACACUUCUCUGGUGACACACACACCUUCUCAGACCCGUACCUCGAUCACGCACGAAGCCACAUCUCCUUCGCCUUCCAGACCACCGUCUCUCACGCGUCCCAGUAAACACUUCGCUGCAUUUUUGUUCGGAUUCUUCAUGAUUUUCCCACACGAUGCCAUUUCCAACAGUGUUUAAUAGAGAAAUCUUCAGUCGUAACCUAAACUUUUCCCAUUUUUCUUUACUUAUUUGAUGUAAUUUAAUGUAAAAUUUCUAAAAAUAAAUGUUUUUCUAAAGGA